AUGCAGAUCUUCGUUAAGACCCUUACGGGCAAGACCAUUACCCUCGAGGUCGAGUCUUCUGACACCAUCGACAACGUCAAGUCCAAGAUCCAGGACAAGGAGGGCAUUCCUCCGGAUCAGCAGCGUCUUAUCUUCGCCGGAAAGCAGCUCGAAGACGGUCGCACUUUGAGCGACUACAACAUCCAGAAGGAGUCGACUCUUCACCUUGUCCUCCGUCUCCGUGGUGGUAUGCAGAUCUUCGUCAAGACCCUCACUGGCAAGACCAUCACUCUUGAGGUUGAGUCGUCCGACACCAUCGACAAUGUCAAGUCCAAGAUCCAGGAUAAGGAGGGCAUUCCCCCAGACCAGCAGCGCUUGAUCUUUGCCGGCAAGCAGCUUGAGGAUGGCCGUACUCUGUCCGACUACAACAUCCAGAAGGAGUCAACGCUCCAUCUCGUCCUCCGCCUUCGUGGUGGUAUGCAGAUCUUCGUCAAGACUCUCACAGGAAAGACCAUCACACUCGAAGUCGAGUCAUCAGACACCAUCGACAACGUCAAGUCAAAGAUCCAAGACAAGGAGGGUAUUCCCCCAGACCAGCAGCGCUUGAUCUUCGCCGGAAAGCAGUUGGAGGAUGGUCGCACGCUCUCUGACUACAACAUUCAGAAGGAGUCUACUCUGCACCUGGUGCUCAGACUUCGUGGCGGCCAGUAG